AUGGUUUGGAAUUUCUGGAGACUUGAAAUCUCAACACAUUUCUACUGCCAGAGCUAUGGCCGUGGGGCACACCUUGCCUCCAUCCUUACCAAAGCAGAGACUCUCCUGGUGGCUGAGCAUAUCUCCACUUACCAACGAGAACUUGCUAAAGUCUGGAUUGGACUUCAUGAUGUCCGUCAGACCGGGAAGUGGAGAUGGGCUGAUGAAUCCACUUAUAACUACAAAUCCUGGGUGAACUAUCAACCAGAUAAUUAUGGAAUCGGCUCUUCAAAAUUUUGA